AUGUCACUUUACUAUGAGGCAGCUGCAAUCCUUGCCAACGCUGACAACACUGGUGGUUCUCUGAAAUCGCGCAUUUACGGGAAGAAGGGUUUGAAGAGCUCUCCAGCGCAUUUGUAUGCUCUGAUCAGCGAAACGACGAAAUGGUCUGCUGUACUCAAGGAGGUUGUAGAGAAGAGCGGGAUACUAAAAGAGGAAAGAAAGCUUACGCCCCUACUGGCGCUUCUUCUAAGCCAUGAUCUACUUCUUGCAAAGGGCGGAGUGGCCGCCCCUAAAGAUCACGUCCUUAAGCAAGCAAUUCUUCGACACAAGGCGCGUCUCAGUGCAGAGUUCACCAAAGCAAGGUUGAAGGCCGGCUUCCACACAGCCGAGGCCUUCCGCGAGCACAUAAAUGCCGGAAGUAGCAUUUCAAAUGCGUCAGGGGAGCACGAUGGUGAUCAAACAACCGAACCUGAACAUCCGCGAUGGAUUCGUAUCAACACUAUCAAGACCACCCUGGAAACAGAGCUUCGAACCACAUUUGCCGAUUACCAGCAAAUGGAUAGCCUCGCAAGUGUUAUGAGAGCACCUUCCACGUCCAGGCGCCUCCGUCUUGACGCACAUAUUCCUGAUCUCAUUGCCCUGCCGCCGCGAGCGGAUCUGUCCAAACAUCGAGCGUACCUAAAUGGAAACAUCAUCUUCCAAGACAAAGCCUCCUGCUUCCCUGCGUAUCUCCUAAGUCCCAGCGUAGACGACUGCGACGUGAUAGACGCAUGCGCCGCGCCCGGUAACAAGACGACUCAUCUGGCCGCAGUGAUUACCGCGAGCGCUGCUUCACAAGAAGCUCAGCCCAGCAGCCACCGCCGCAUCCUCGCUUUCGAAAGAGACAAAAGGCGAGCCAUUACCCUAGCCAAGAUGAUCACCCUCGCCGGAGCCGACAGUCUAGUCACCGUUAAAGGCGGUAAGGACUUCCUGACCGUAGACCCCUCAGCCCACGACUACUGCAGCGUCGGCGCACUACUCCUGGAUCCCAGCUGUUCAGGCAGUGGCAUCGUUGGCAGGGACGACGGACCCACGCUGCACCUCCCGAGCACAGCCGCCGCGAACCCAUGCACCGCCCCCUCCUCUCGACCAAAAAAGCGAAAGCGGAAAGCGCCACCCGUGCCGAAAGCUGCAGACGAAACCCCAGCACCAUUCUCAACCACCGACGCAGAGGUCGAAGAGAAUCCUCUUUUCGGCUCAUCCGAGAACACAAAAGCCCGUCUAGAGUCCCUCUCGUCUUUCCAGCUCAAGCUUCUCAAACACGCAAUGUCCUUCCCCGCCGCGCGAAAGAUCAGCUACUCGACCUGCUCCAUCCAUGCCGAGGAGAACGAGCAUGUCGUUCUUAGCGCGCUGCAGCAUUCCGCUGCCGUGGGGCUUGGGUGGCGGAUCCUGCGGCGGGAGGAGCAGGUUGAUGGAAUGCGGAGGUGGCCCGUCAGGGGGGAUGUGCAGGCUGUUGAGGCUUUGCCUGGUGGGAAGUGGAGCGGUGAGCUGGCGGAGACGGUGAGGGAGGCGUGUAUUAGGUGUGAGAAGGGCACGGGGGAGGGAACUAUGGGGUUUUUUGUUGCUGGAUUUGUGAGGGAUGGGGAGGGUGGUCCGCCGGCUGUGAGAGAAGCGGCAAACGGAGAUCAGGGGGCGGCGGGGGGGACUAGCAAUGUGGAGGGGGAAGAUGAGGAGGAAUGGGAGGGGUUUAGUGAUGGUGGGUAG